AUAGCUCCGAAAGUGGAUCCGAUGAACAAAUCUCUCUUUUCUCGUUCCUCAUUGACACAUUCUAUUGAUCCCUAAUUCUGACCUAGUUUUUAUAACAAAAUGUCGCCCCCUACUCCUGCCUCCCCUAGUGUAACAAAGACAACACGCCCAGAUCAUCUCGUACUGCGUUUGAUGACAGAGAAGGACAAGGAGGAAGUCUCAUCACUGUUUAUUGAAACCUUUAAGCGUGAACCUUUGGGGGCAAAUAAGGGCGUGAGACAAAGUGAAGGUGACGCCAUAGCAGCAGCCUCUGUUGAAAAUCCAGUAUCAUUUGUAAUUGAGGAUACAUCGCUACCAGGGCCUAAUCGCUUAGUGGCCUUCCGCACCAGCUGUAUUUUAACUGCAGAGAAAAUUGCAGCAAAGAGAAAAAAAAUUGAGAAGGAAGGGUCAGAGGAUUGUGUUCAAGCAAUCUUAGAUCAUAUGCUUGAGCUUUGGUUCGCUAAUACGACGGUCUUUAAGGACAACCCGAGUGCUAAAGUUAUGAAGUUCAUGGCCUUGGGAGUAAGCACUGGAUAUGAGGGAUUCGGAUUGGCAAAGGAACUGUUGAGCGUCGCAAUGGACAAUGCCAGAGAAAUAGGGUGUGAUGCAGUGAUGGUGGUUGCAUCUGCGUUUGCAACUCAGCACCUGUUCCAGAACCGUUUGGGAUUUGAGGAAAAGGCCCGUGUUCGAUACACGGACUUUGUAUGGAAGAAUAAAGACGGUGUUGAGGAACGUUCAUUUGAGAAGCUGGAACAGCCAGAGUUUUUAAUCGCCUUCGAAAAAAAAUUGUAGACAACAAACAAGAAUAAAAAGAUCGAGCCAAAUAAAAGAAUAUUUUUUUAUUUUUCUUGGCGCACGG